UGAACGAUCAUGAGUGGCUUACGACAUUCUGUCAACACUCAGCACGUCUGCCUGCUCUCGCAGUGCAGUACUCUGUUAAAGGGAGGUGAGCUUUGCUCCGCGAUCCAUCUUGCUCUGAGCAUCAUCUAACAAGCAAAGUGUACCGGCGGCGGCGGCGGCGGCGGCGGCGGCGGCUGCUGCUGCUCCGUAGCUGGGGCAGCGCGACGCAGUCAUCGCUGGCUGUCGGCGUUGAUUAGAGGUCACACCGGCCAGUGCUCGUUUCAAAUCAUGGCACGGUAAUUCAGACUGACGGGGUCCGAAACGGAUUGUUAACGCGAGGGGGGUUUAAAAAAAAAAGAAGUGUUUUGGGGCAACGCGUCGCUGGCGGCCAGGAGGGAGGAGGAGAGACGGUAAAAGGCGGCAGCUGUAUAAAAAGCCCGGAAACUUAAACAUUGCACGAGUCAGCUGGAGCUCCGAGUUGGGGAGACCUCGUCCGAUUCGGCUCUUCCGCGGCGAGAUACAGACCGAGGUAUUGUGAGCCGGAGAGAGAGAGAGAAAGAGAGAAGCAUUGGAUUCGCCUGCACUAGGGUUUUGUUAACACAGCCGACAACAUAACUAGUGUGGACAUUAAAAAAAAACGAUUGACUCAAUGGAGCCUGUCACUGUGUGGAAAACGAUGGGCAGGGGAUCUUCACGCGCGAGUCAGAAAAAAACCCAGCCCUGAACACUCGGUUCUCGGCUCCACACAGAAAUGAUGUAAAAAACUUUGGCGAUUGAGAAGACAUCGUCAAAUUAAAGGACACACAGGAAACCCCAGCGAGAGAUUGGAGGUAUCAUCGUUGCUCAUGGAUUUCCUUCUUGUGGGUCUCAGUCUACACUGGCUCCUGAAAAAGCCUUCAGCGUCGGUUGUGUGUGUGUUGGGCGCCCUGCUGGAAAUGUUACCCGCCGCUGACAGUGUCUGUGCCCAGCAGUGCCGCUGCGAUGGGAAGCUGGUGUAUUGUGAGUCGCAGAGCCUGGGCGAGAUGCCGCACAACCUGUCUGGAGUACAGGGUCUGUCGCUCCGAUACAACAGCCUGUCCGAACUGCACGAUGACCAGUUCACCGGCUUGCUGCAGCUCACGUGGCUCUACCUCGACCACAACCACAUCUACUCGGUGGACCCCAAUGCCUUCCGAGGUCUGCGCCGGCUCAAGGAGCUGGUGCUCAGCUCCAACAAGAUCACCCAGCUGCCCAACGCCACGUUCAGGCCCAUGCCGAACCUGCGGCAUGUGCACCUGUCCUACAACAACCUGCAGAGCCUGGAACCCGACAUGUUCCACGGACUACGCAAGCUGCAAACGUUGCAUUUGAGGUCCAAUGCACUAAAGACAAUCCCGGUCCGAAUCUUCCAGGACUGCCGGAGCCUGGAGUUUCUGGACGUCGGAUAUAAUCAGUUGCAAAGCCUGGCGCGGAAUGCUUUCGCCGGCCUGUUGAAACUGACUGAACUCCACUUGGAGCACAAUGACUUGGUGAAAGUAAACUUUGCUCACUUUCCACGGCUGCUAUCUCUGAGAACCCUCUACAUGCAGUGGAAUAAAGUCAUCAUUGUGGUGAACUCCUUGGAUUGGACUUGGAACCAUCUAGAAAAACUGGACCUCUCCGGAAAUGAGAUUGAGUUUAUUGAAUCUUAUGCCUUUGACGUUGUGCCUAACCUGAAGAUACUUCAGUUGGAUUCGAACCGUCUGACCAGCAUCGAGCAGGCAAUUCUGGACUCCUGGAAAUCCCUCUCUAGCAUCAGCCUUUCUGGGAACAGCUGGGAGUGCAAUCGGAAUAUAUGUGCUUUGGCCACCUGGCUGAGCAAUUUUAAGGGGCAUCACGAAGGCAGCUUGUUGUGUGCCAGCCCUGUCCACACACAGGGCGAGGAGGUACUCGACGCCGUGCAUGGCUUUCACAUAUGUGACGACCCGGCCACGGGCACGGCGACAGAGUCAGGCGUGACCAUGGUGGCGGGCACAGACCAGGGUGUGACAGUAAUCAGAGAUGCUUCCAGCAUGUACGCCACGCAGGACACAACGGGAGUGAGAACCACGGAGUUGAUCAGUGCCACCGGCGUGCUUUCUCACGACCAGCAGGAAAAUACCAUUCACGUUCACAAAGUGAUCACGGGCACCAUGGCGCUCCUCUUCUCCUUUCUGAUCGUGGUGCUGGUGCUGUACGUCUCGUGGAAGUGCUUCCCCGCUGGCCUGAGGCACUUGAGGCAGUGCUUUGUGACACAGCGCCGCAAGCAGAAACAGCAACAAACUAUGCAUCAGAUGGCCGCCAUGUCCACACAGGAGUACUACGUGGACUAUAAACCCAAUCACAUCGAGGGCGCUCUGGUUAUCAUCAAUGAUUACGGAUCCUGUUCUUGUCAUCAACAGCCAGCCAGGGAAUGUGAAGUCUGAUUUUAUUUUCCUCUCUCCUCCAAAUUCCCCCACCCUCUCCCCUCCCCCCCACCUCACCCCUCACCAAAAACUGGAAGUACAACUUGGGGACAUACUGCAGUCAGUGAAAACACUGGGUGUGAAUGAAUUACACUGUACUGAUCCCGAGAAACCUUGCAUCGGUCUCUUUCACAAUUCCAAACACUAUUUAAGCUUCAACGCGUCUUUAAAACCUUUCAAACAUCCUCUGUUCGACUGUCAUUUGAAAUUUGUAAAGGAUUAAAAAUGUAUAUGUAACUUCCCACCAGUCUCUUAUGAUAUUAAGUCCACCUGUAAGAACUGGGAAUAAGAGAGAGUUCACGGCUCGUCAAUGAUGUAAGUUAAUCAAUUUUGUAAACUAUCCUGAUUUAAAUAAAUAUUUAAAAAAAUGUUA